AUGACAACGCCUCACCAGUCGGAUGUGAAGGGGGUGGACAAUGGAGGAGAACGUCAACGAAACAGUGUAUCCGAGUCCCAUGGUGGACGAGUCUCGGUCACAAUGGAUUCACGCCACAGCAACAAGCUGGGCAGCAUCUCGGGUGUCUAUAUCCCUGUUUUUCUCAAUAUCAUGAGUAUUCUCAUGUUUUUGCGUUUCGGUCUCAUCAUUGGAAAAAUCGGCUUUGUGGGCAUCCUCGGAUUGCUUGUUACUGCAUACUCCAUUGACCUAUUGACGACCCUCUCACUAUCCGCCAUCGCUUCCAAUGGCGAAGUCAAAGGUGGUGGUGCCUAUUACCUCAUCUCGAGGUCCUUAGGUCCCGAGUUUGGUGGUUCAAUCGGUAUUCUCUUCUAUCUUGCUCAAGUCCUCAAUGCAAGCAUGAACGUCGUCGGUCUCAUUGACUGUAUCCGACUGAACUUAGGUCCAGCUUUUCCAGAAGGAUAUUGGACGGGUUACUUCCUCCAGACGGCAGCUCUGCUCCUUUGCACCGGACUUUGCUUCUUAGGGUCUGCUACUUUUUCAAGAGCAUCCAACGCCUUGCUUGCAAUUCUAAGCCUGGCCAUCGUCAGCAUUCCGGUCUCUGCUAUCUUCAAGACUCCCUUCCGUGAUGAGGAUCUUGGCAUUCACUUCACUGGCAUCAGCCUUGAUACACUGACUGAUAACUUCCUCCCUCAUCUGAAUAGCCCUCAGUUCAGAGGUCUUGAGACAUUCCGUGAUCUGUUUGGCAUUCUCUUUCCUGCUACUUCGGGUAUCUUUGCUGGAGCUUCCAUGUCUGGCGAUCUCAAAGACCCUAGCAGGUCAAUUCCCCACGGAACGCUCUGGGCAAUGCUGACGACCUUUAUCAUCUACUUCGUCGUGAUUCUUUCUCUCGCUGCGAGCACCACUCAUGAAUCCUUCCUGGCAAAUGACAAUGCCAUCUCAAUCAUCAACCUAUCUCAGCCGGUGAUCCUUGCCGGUGAAUGCGCAGUCACCUUCUUCUCGGCUCUGAUGGGUCUCAUCGGUGCAUCAAAGCUGUUCCAGGCUUUCUCGAGAGACCGACUUCUUCCUGGUCUUGGCUUUUUCAGCAAAGGCACCAAGCAUGGCGAUGAACCCAUAUAUGCUUUACUCUUGACUUAUGUCAUUGCACAACUGGCAUUGUUCGCUGAUCUCAACCAGAUCGCUACCUUCAUCUCCAUGGGUUACCAGAUGACAUUUUUCGUCAUGAAUCUUGCUUGCUUCCUCCUCAAAGUUGGAUCCGCACCCAACUUUCGACCGAGUUUCAAGUUCUUCACCUGGCAGACCGCUUUCUUUGCCGGUAUCUUGUCCGGCUUUGCUAUGUUCUUCAUCGACGUUACCUAUGCCGCAGUGGCCAUUACGGUGCUCGUCAUGCUCUUCCUGCUCAUUCACUACCUCAGCCCUCCUAAACAUUGGGGUGAUGUGAGCCAGAAUCUGAUUUACCAUCAAGUCAGGAAGUAUUUGCUACGUCUCAGGCCAGAACACAUCAAGUUCUGGAGACCACACAUUAUACUGCUCAUCAAUAAUCCGCGUCGACAAACUAGGCUGAUCCAAUUUUGCAACGCACUCAAGAAAGGCUCGCUAUAUAUCCUAGGCCAUGUCAUUGUAACUGAUGAUUUCAACUCUGGAGUCCAUGAGGCUAGACUACAGCAGCACGCAUGGACAAAGUACAUCAACGAGUUCUCCAAGAUCAAGGCGUUUGUUCAGCUGACAAUGUCCCCUACUAUCACUUGGGGCAUUCGAAAUCUGAUUCUGUCAGCUGGACUUGGAGGUAUGCGCCCAAACAUUGCUGUGCUUGGCUUCUAUAAUAUGGAUGAACUGCGAAAGUCCAACCCAAGACUUCGUGUGCCUGAUGUGCCGGUAUCUUUUUCGAGGCAAAUGCAACGUCCACCCAAGUCCAAUGGCAAGGCACCUGAGAGGCCGCGAAGGAAGCGAGGAGAUACCUCAGCUAGACUUAUGGAGGGUAUACUCCCGACUGAUGUCAUUCGUACCGAGAACAUGAUGUCGCCCAAGGAGUACUUAACGAUUCUAGAAGAUCUUGCCCUGCGAUAUCGACUCAACAUCGCAGUUGGUUGUGGUUUUGAUGCGCUAGAGACUCCUAGAAAGGACGGAAAGAACACCAAAAAGUACCUUGACCUGUGGCCUAUCCAGAUGUCGGCUGAAGUAACAUCCGAUGGCAAGAGCUUACUCACCACAAAUUUUGAUACAUAUACUCUGAUUCUUCAACUCGGACAUAUCCUUCACAGCGUCCAACUCUGGAAGCAAGUAUAUACAGUACGAGUUAUGGUGUUUGUGGAAUAUGAGAGCGAGGUACACGAAGAACAUGCCCGUGUACUGGCACUUCUUGAAAAACUACGAAUCGACGCACAAGUCAACGUAUUCUGCUUGUCGUCAGGCAGUUUGAACACUUAUGAAAUCAUUGUCAACGGUAUUGGGAACGAUAUAGAUUGGGAAAUCGUUGUCAACGAUACACUUCGAAACGAAGAGUGGUGGGAUGAUGUUCAGAUGUAUAGAGGACGCGCAGAUAACAUGACUUCGACUCAGGAGCUGGAUCAGCUUGAACAGAUUUACGAUUCGACAUCCGGCAGACCCGGUUUGUACAACCCACAUGAGGAGAUAUAUGAGCGCCGACGCGCAAGCACAACGGAUGUUCCCGAGCUGCCACGACGGCCGGCUAUUCGGAUGCUGUCGAAAAUGGGUGUCAGUAUGGGGAUCCAUACACACCAUCUGCAGGACGAUGCGUUAGAUGAAACGAGUAGCGAGGACGACGAAACAGAAGAUUCCCCGACAGAUCUACUUGAAGAUGAGGAGAUGGGGUAUAGCUCUGUGUUGGAACAGGACAACAAUGAUGACGCCAGCAUCGGCCCGAGUGAUUCGGUACAUCAACCUUUACUGGCGGGUGGAGAUUCUCAUGAUGAGAACGGCAGAGUUCGUGGUGACUUUUGGGAAGGUUUUGGCCGGCGUUCCAAGUCUGACACCGUUGGGGAUGCCGUUUCUACAUCGUACGGCACUAUGUCAUCUUCUGCAACGGUGAAGGGUGUUGGAGGAGCGCAAACAUCACAGACUGCAUCAGCUUCUCAACAAACGAACCAAAGGCCACAGCAAGGCAGUACAGACUCUGCCCCUGCAGAUAUGCCCUCUCUUGUCUCGCGAGACUCGCUGGGACCUGCGGACGCAUUAUCCCGUGCACGCCCGGCAAGCCCUUCGCGAGAAGAUACUGUGCGCCCGUAUCGCGGUGGUACGACAACACCAGGAAGGCCGACUCUCUCCAGGCAAUCUUCGGCCGUGAAGUUCUCCAGCCGUCCAGUUCCCGAGACAAAGAUUGUCAAUUCGGAGGCGGAAGGGUCCACGAUUAGCUUUGCGCCGCCGUCUAGUACAGAUUCAGAAACACCAAAAGCCGGGGCGUAUCGACCAAGCUAUUCAAGGCAGUCCUCCAUGGGCAACUAUCCACCUCGGGCCGGUUCUCAAGCAACGGCUGGCGAGAUCGAGAGCAAGAAAAUCUCUUUUGCGGAGCAGCCUGACUACGAGCCAUAUUCGGCGCAUCAUUCCCGAUUCCAUUCGCGGCGCAGUUCUCGAGGAUCUACACAAUACGGCGGCGAAUCUUGUGAGCAGAUACCCGAAAUGCUCGAGAGAUACCGAUUAAGCUCGCACUUAGAGGAGGAGGCGCAGGAACCCGGAUACACGCCCCAGGGGUUAGAGCUGUCAUUCAACGAGCUGCCAAGCAGAGCUCAGCACCUCAUUGUCAACGAAUUGAUGCGUCAACAUUCCAAAGACACAGCUGUGCUUCUCAGCACUCUGCCUAUUCCCACAGAGGGUACUUGUUUGGACGAAGCAGCGACAAUACAGUAUUUGUCUGAUGUUGAGUUGCUUUGCAAUGAGCUACCACCCACGUUGUUGGUGCUCAGCAAUAACAUGACAGUAACAGUCAAUCUUUAG